AAAUCGAACAUUUCGUGUCUGAAGUACCCUCAUCCACACCCCCAGCACCUCCAAAGCCUUCAUGGGGUGAUCUCAUGGACGCUGAGGACGGUGGGCUGGAGAAUGUUGAACCCUCCUGUUUCUAUAAUCCCUGGAGCACGAAAACCACCAGCCAGGUAGAGGAGCAGAAGGUAGAGGAGCAGAAGGAGCAGGCUAAAGAACAGCAGAUGCCUGUUAGAAUCAAGAAGCUCCCUAAGGAACGCCUCAGCAAGAACACCAAGACAGUCAAACUGAUGCUGAGGAAUCUUGACCCCAGUGUGGAUGACAGACGCCUGCAAGAAGAGUUCCUGCGAUUUGGAACUGUCAUCUCUGCAAAGGUGCUGAUGGAGAAUGGCUUCUCCAGAGGCACUGGGACUGUCAGCUAUUCAUCUCCUGAUGAAGCCAGAAAGGCCAUCUUGGAGAUGAACGGCAGGUUGUUGAGUGGCAGGUCGGUGUAUGUGACUCCGUCUCAGAGCAAGAAGGAGCAUGGAGGAAGGCAGAGAGAAAUGACGCAGAUUAGCCGGCCUACUGAACCCUACCCAAAUCCAUACAACAACAACCACAGCCACAGCGUGAACUGGGAGAAAAGCAGUAGGACAAGACCACGAGCAGAGCGCAAACCACACUGCAGUCCAUGGAUGCACAGGUCGCCUCUGUGUCGCACCUACCCACUGGAUGAAUAAAUAUAUAUUACAAUUGCAAUAUGUUGCAUAAAUGGUCUGGAUCUUUAUCAUAGUAAAUAAAAGUUGGUGUAAAUAACUCACACAGUAACAGCAGUAAAUGUGGUCUCUUUCUCUUUUUUUUGCUUUUUUUUUCUUGAGGUAGAUAUGAACACUUCAUGAUCUGUGCUUCUUCUUGAUCUUUGGUUAUAUC